AUGGCUCAAGUCCUCCAUCUCGAACAGUUCCGCCUCAGCCAGGAAGCUGCCAAGUGCUUUGAUGAUGAUCUCGACUUUUGCCCGAGUCUGACCGCCAAAGAGCUCUCUGAGAUUAUUCUAGCUUCAAUUCUCGCUCAAAAGGAGAACCAAGCCAAACAGCAGCAGCGCGGCGGCUCCUCACCCGUGUCGCCCACCACUCCCGCAACCACCACCAUCCCUGCCUCGCGUGCCAUCACCAUUGUCGACCCUAACAGCCGUGCGCCUCUUUACAUCGCGCCCAAGACUCCUGCUGCCAUUGGCAACAACAACGGUCGCCAGGGAGGCCGCUACUCGGGCUCGACCACGCCUGCCACAGGUGGACUGAUGGGCCCCUCGGAGUCGUACUUUAACUUUAUGCCCUCGAUGGGCCGACAGCAGCAACAGCAGCAGCAGGUCUACAACAACAUGUACGGAUCGCAUGCCUAUGCCUUCUCGGGCCAGCACCAGCAGCACCAUCAGCAAGCGUACUCGAUGGGCAUGACCAGCCCUACGAUGUCGUCGUACUCUCCUCCUCGCAUGGCCUCCAGGAUCCCCAUUGUCAACCCCGACAACGGCUCCAUUGUCUCUCUUCCCGAGACUCCUUCCUGGAACCAGCAGCACCACUUUGUCGCUGUGCGAUAA